AGCACUUAGUCUUGUUCGGUUGCUCGACAUCGUAAUUUGAAUCUGUUUGCCAAAUAAUGAAUAAAUACUUGACGCUAGUUGGCAUCCUGCUGCUGGCUUGCUGGCAGGCCGGAAGUGUCCUGGCGGAUAGCGACAGCAGCAGUGACAGUGAUAGCAGUGAUAAUAGUGGACACAGUCACGGUCGAAAGCAUAAACAUAAAUACAAUAAUCCAGCGUAUCCAAACUAUCCGCCCUACGCCUAUCCGCCAUAUCCCUACACUCCCUACACAUACAAUCAGCAGCAGCCGCCAUAUAAUCCGUAUGCGCAGCCGCCGCCGCCGCCCAUGAAUCCCCAGUACCCGAGUCCAUAUCCAGGCAAUCAGCAGCCAUAUAACCAGUAUGCACCACCAGCACCUCAAUAUGGACCACCUGCCUAUCCCCCGGCACCACAAUCGGCCUAUCCCCCUGCACCGCAGCAGCCUCCGCCAGCUUCUAGUGUUAUCAACCAUUCGCUCAAAGUUAACAAAGAAUAUCAGGAGGAUUUCAGCAAAAAUGUCGAAAAUAAUCGAAUUUAAAAUGUGAAAUGCAAUAAAAACCAAAAAUUUCAUUUCUAAAUAUACUCGUUUGUGGAUGGUAAAA